GAAAGAGUUUUGAGAGAGAUUUUUUGUUGGAAAAGUGUGGUGGAGGUAUUGUUUGGUGCUGCAGUUUUCAUGGUUGGCAUUGGAUUUGGAUUUUUACUUGAUCCAAUGUUCAUGUCCACUCCGAUACACUCAACCUUAUUAGAGAAUGAAGCAUAAGAGUGUUACCUAUGUUACGGUAGAAGAACAAAUCUGUUAUGUUGAGAAAUAAAACCAAACCCCUUCUUUCAAAUUCUCAAGCUUCAAUAUUCCGUUAUCUGGCACCACAACCUUCCCUGCCCCAAAUCAAGCAAACCCAUGCACACGUCGUCGUUUGGGGCCAUGCUCGUCUCACCGUUCACCUUCUCUCUCUACUUUCUUUCUCCUCCACUGUUCCUUUCCCUCUCCGAUACUCACUCUCUCUCUUCAGCUCAAUUCCGUUCCCCACUGUAUUUGCCUUCAACUCCCUCAUCCGCUGCCACGCCAAAGCCAACUCGUCGCCGUCUCUCUCUCUUUCUCUGUACUCCGCAAUGCGACGCCGUUUUCUCAACCCCAAUCAGCACACCUUCACCUUCCUGCUCCAUGCCUGCUCCAAGAACUUAAAAAUCAAGGUAAACAACAACAGGUUGGGUGUUCAAGUUCAUGUGCACGUGAUCAAGCUCGGUUAUGCUUGCCACGUGUUUGUCCGGAACUCUCUGAUUCACUUCUAUUUCGAGUGUGGUGAUGCUGAUUCUUCCCAGAGAGUGUUUGAGGAAGAUGCCCUUUGCAGCGACGUGGUCACGUGGAACUCCAUGCUGGCUGGUGCAGUGAGAAAUGGGGAUGUUCGGGUUGCGGAGAAGAUGUUUGGUGAAAUGCCUGAAAGGGAUGUUGUUUCUUGGAGUACUAUGAUAAUGGGGUAUGUUCAAAAUGGACUUUUUGAAGAUGGGUUGGAGUGUUUUAGAGACAUGAGGAAGAAGAGAGUGAGACCAAAUGAAGCUAUAUUGGUUACCUUGCUUUCGGUUUCGGCUCAGUUGGGUUUGCUUUGUUAUGGGAGAUUCAUUCAUUCCACCAUUGAGGCAAUGAGAUUUUCAAUGACGGUUCAUAUAGGGACUGCUUUGGUAGACAUGUAUGCAAAGUGUGGUUGUAUUGAAAAGGCGAGAAUCUUGUUUGAUGGGAUGGUGAAGAAGGAUGUGUGGACGUGGAAUGUUAUGAUCUGCGGUCUUGCUUCGCAUGAUUUCGCCAAGGAGGCGCUCGCACUAUUUGACAGGUUCAUUGAUGAAGGCUUUCUUCCUGUGAAUGUGACAUUUGUGGGUGUACUUAAUGCUUGUAGUAGGGCUGGUCUGGUUGGUGAAGGGAAGCAUUAUUUUAAGUUGAUGGUAGAUGGUUAUGGCAUUCAGCCCGAGAUGGAGCACUAUGGGUGCAUGGUUGAUCUCCUUGCUCGUGCCGGUUUAGUUGAUGAGGCAGUUAAGUUGAUUGAGGGAAUGGCAAUUACGCCUGAUCCUGUGAUGUGGGCGACGCUGCUUGAUGCAUGUAAGCUUCAUGGAUAUGUGGAAAUGGGGGAGAAGAUUGGGAAUAAGUUGAUAGAGUUGGACCCAACCCAUGACGGGCAUUAUGUGCAGUUAGCUGGAAUAUAUGCGAAAGAGAGAAAGUGGGAGGAUGUAGUUAGAAUUCGGGAAUUAUUGAGUGAGAGAAUUGUCGGCAAAGUUGCUGGUUGGAGUUUGGUUGAACUGCAGGGUAGAGUUCAUCGCUUUGUUGCUGGGGAUAGAGAGCAUGAAUGUUCUUCAGAUAUUUACAAAAUGCUUGAAACAAUUGGACUGAGGAUAACUGAAGCAGGUUUACUAACUGAAACGUUUUGACUGUGGUGCGUAAUAUAGGAGGAGAAUACAAGUAACGAACAUGCAAUUAAAGAUCACAGUGAAAAGUUAUGAAUUACUCUAGGCUUUUGGUAACGGCAUUUCGUGAUCACAUCAGAAAUGUGGAGGAUUUUAGAGUUUAAGAGGAGUGUCACUAGUAAUCAAGAUUGUGUUUGACAGACAGAGAGAUACAGAUAAUAGUUAGGGAUGUUUCACCAUUCAACAAAAGGAUAUAUAUUCCCUUGGUAGGGUGUGUUUAGAAAUCCGUUGCUAACUGUUGAUUGGUUUGUAUUGAACGUGGGUUUAGUUGGAUGGAACUGAUAUGCAAGCACACUCUUAAUUAUGGAUAGGCUAUUUUUAUAAUAACAUUUUUUUUCUUCAAAGUUUGUGUUUCCCUACAAAAUUUAAUUAAUUUCCUCAUUGCAGGAGUUUAAUAGAGAUGAACAACAACAGCAAAAUGAACAAAUGAAAACAAGGGGGAAGAAAAUGGAAAAUGAAAGCCCAUAUUCUUCCUGGAUUCCUCCAUUCAACUGCACAUCAAUAGGAUAUCUCCUCACUCUCAUGUCCAGACUAGCACCAAUUACCAAACGUUUUAGAUAUGAUUUUCUACAUCAAUUUCAGACGUGAUCAUCAGAAAUUCAUAGUUAGAGAUCCAUAUAAUCUUGAUUCUUUUAUCAUCAAAGGGGUUUCCUAACCUGUUGUAAUUCUAGCUUUUACGUUUUCCG